CUGCGCCGGAGGCAUCGCUCGGGAAUGUCGCUACCACCGGGGCCGUCAGGCCUACCCAUUGUCGGAAAUCUCUUCGACGUCCCCGUCGACUUUCAAUGGCUCAAGUACGCUGAGUGGUCGAAGAAGUUCGGCUCCGAUGUUAUCCACCUCGACGUUGGCGGGAUGCCAGUAGUCGUACUGCACUCGUUCGAGGCAUGCUUUGACUUGCUUGAGAAACGAUCAAGCGAGUACUCCAGUCGCGCUGAUACCCCAAUGUUGGAUCUCAUGGGGUGGGAAUUCCAGAUCACGUCAAUGAAGUACGGGCCCCGGUGGCGCGAGCACAGACGUGCCCUCCAUAGCUUCCUCAACAUCGACACCGUCCGACGCUUUCGUCCUCGGCAGCAAAGGGCCACGCACACGUUUCUGCGACGCAUGCUGGAUGCUUCAUCAGAAAAUCUUCGCACAGAAUUACGCUUUAUGCUUGCUUCUACCAUCAUGGAUAUCACCUACGGCAUUGACGCCCUGCCCGAGAACGACCCAUACACUCAGGUCGCAGACCGCGCCUUCAAGGCGGGCGCCAUCGCAGCCGUUCCGAACUCAUACUCGGUCAACAUCUUCCCAGCCUUGAUGCAUUUGCCCGAGUGGAUGCCCGGCUCAGGAUUCAAAAAGCACGCUCGUAAAUGGAAGCCGGUGACGGAGGAGAUGGUGAAUGCGCCCUUCGAAGAGACGUUGCGACAAAUGGAGUCCGACUCUGCGCGAAGCUCCUUCGUUUCGUUGUCACUGGAGAAAGCACGCGCGAAAGAUGAUAUUGCUCAAGAGGAGGUCGUCAAGAAUACCGCCGCCAUCAUGUAUAUCGGUGCUAUGGACACGACCGUGGCGACCCUGAUCAGCUUCGUUCUUCAUAUGCUGGAGAAUCCCGACAUCGCAAGGCGCGCACAGCUCGAGCUUGACAGCGUGCUCGAGCCAGGCAAGCUACCCGAAUUCGACGACGAGGAACGUCUGCCAUACACUACCGCGGUCGUGAAGGAGACGAUGCGGAUGUAUCCGGCUGCACCAGUGGCUGUACCUCAUCAGCAUACUGGAGAGACGGACGACGUUUAUCGCGGGUUUGCCAUCCCGAAAGGCAGCGUCGUGAUACCUAACGUUUGGGCCAUGGCGCACGACGAGCUGGCGUACCCAGAGCCAUAUGUGUACAAGCCAGAGAGGUUUUUAAGCGAAGACGGAAAGCUCAACCCUGCAAUCUGUGACCCCGCGUCUUUCGUUUUCGGGUUCGGACGACGCAUAUGUCCAGGCAAACACAUGGCGCUCGCGUCAACUUGGCUGACAAUCGCUUCCACCUUGCGCGUGUAUGACAUCGAGAAAGCCAAGCGACCAGAUGGGACGCCUAUCGAGCCCAAGCGAGAAUACAAGUCAGCUACCCUUCAAUCCCCCGAAGCGUUCGAGUGCAACUUUGUACCGCGCAGUGAGGACGCCAUUAGGAUGAUACGAGAAAGCGCAGAGCAAAAUAUAUAGAUAUCAUACGGACGAAUUCCUAACCCCGUGAUUCGUGGUUCCCCUUCGAAACUGUGGAAACUAUAGCACUCUUCGCGUUGAAAAUGGGACAGGUUUUUGGAAGUCUA